AUGGCCAGAAUUCCUGCGAUAAAAAGGCGAAAGCUGUCGCCGCCAACAAGUGAUGGCGAGGACUCUUCUCCUUCCACUCUCGAUAAUGCGCCGGAGCCGAACGCUUUCUUCACUCAAGCAGCAAGAUGGAAUUUAGAGCAGGAUUACGAGACCCGACCGAGGAAAGGAAACAAGAAGGAAAAAGAGAGCACAAGACUGCCAAUCAAGACAUCUGAUGGUUUGAUACAACAAAACCCGGCCGAAGAGGCGGACGUAGUGGAAGUGGAGGGGAGCGAUCUGGAUUGGUCUGAAGCAGCAGAGUCGGAUCAGGAGUUAGAAGAGGAAGUCGUGAAGCAGCCUGCUAUACCGAUCCGACAGCAGAUUCUUGAAGCGAAGGAGGAGCUGGCUCGAAUUGCAUUAAUGCUGAAUGAGGAUCCAGAAGAGAAUGCAGGUGCUUUUAAAGCGUUGGCGCAAAUCGGACAGUCGAAGAACACCACGAUCAAAAAGUUGGCGCUUGCAACACAACUGGCAGUUUACAAAGAUGUUAUUCCUGGUUACCGGAUACGACCUUUAUCUGAGCAGGAUAUGGAAACAAAAGUGUCGAAAGAGGUCAGAAAAUUACGAGCCUAUGAACAGGCCUUGGUUGGAGGUUACCAAUCAUACAUUCGAGAACUGGCAAAACUUGCGACUUCGGGAAAGGCUAGCGCAGCUGAUGGAGGAAUAAGUCUUGGAAGCGUAGCCAUAUCAUGUGCCUGUGCGCUUUUGGUAGCCGUACCACAUUUCAAUUUCAGAGGAGAGUUGUUAAAGAUAUUAGCGGGAAAGCUGAGUGGAAGGAAAAUCGACGAUGACUUUGUCAAGUGUCGAGAAACUAUUGAGACGUUGUUCCGAGAUGACGAGGAUGGAACGCCUUCUCUUGACGCCGUUUCUCUUCUAACAAAGAUGAUGAAGGGGCGAGGAUGGCGAGUGGACGAGAGUGUCUUGAACACAUUCCUUCACCUUAGAUUGUUAACAGAAUUUUCCUGGAAAGCCUCCAUAAAUCAUAUCGACAAGCCUGAGAGGGGGCAGGCACCUCUCGCGAAGAAGCCAAAAGAAAACAGGCCGAAUCUAAGCAAAAAAGAAAAGAAGAUUUGGAAAGAGCGAAAAGUGGUAGAAAAAGAGAUGAUUCAGGCAGAUGCUACUGUGAGCCACGAAGAGAGGGAUCGUAUGCAGUCGGAGACUCUAAAAUUGGUCUUUGUCACGUACUUCAGGAUAUUGAAAACUCGAUCGGCCCACUUGAUGGGCGCUGUACUGGAAGGACUUGCUCGGUACGCACAUCUGAUCAACCAGGACUUCUUUGGAGAUCUCCUAGAAGCACUAAAAGAUUUGAUCGGUCAUGCUGAGACUGGAGACGACGUGGAAGACGAAGAAGCAGAAGAUGAGGAAACAACUAGGAACUUAACCAGAGAGGCUCUUUUGUGCAUCAUCACAGCUUUCGCCCUACUCGAAGGACAAGACGCCGCAAAAGCCCAGGCCUCGCUUAGCUUAGAUCUGAGCUUCUUCAUCACUCAUCUAUACCGAACCUUAUAUCCCCUUGCUCUGAAUCCAGACAUCGAGCUCAGCGCGAAGUCACUUCAUCUUCCUGAUCCCAACAACCCUUCCGCGCCAAAACUCACAUCCACAAACAACAAAAUCAACAUUCAAACCACCACCGUUCUCCUCCUGCGCUCUCUCGCAUCAGUCCUCACACCCCAACUCGCAGUCCGCGCCGUCCCACCCCUCAGAAUCGCGGCAUUCUCAAAACAGCUCCUCACAUCCUCCCUUCACAUGCCCGAAAAGUCUUGUAUGGCUGUCGUCGGCUUAAUGGGGAAAGUGACUAAAGUCCACGAGAAGAAAAUUGCCUCACUCUGGAACACGGAGGAGCGGAGAGGAGAUGGCACAUUCGACCCACUGUCCGCCGAAGUCGAAGGAAGUAAUCCGUUUGCAGCGACUGUAUGGGAGGGAGAAUUAUUACGAAAACACUUUUGUCCUGGGGUGAGGGAGGGCGUUAAGGUGAUGGAGAAGAAUGUUAUAGGGUUGAGAUAA